UGCAACAUUGUGUGAUGAGAAGUUGAAACUCCGACGUAUCUGGAUACUACUGUUGGUUUCUGUCCUCUGCUGACUCCAGCUCGCUGGGGAGAAACGACGGGGAGGAAGAAGGAUCGGACAAAGACUCGUUUAUCGAGGGGACCCUCGUGGGGAAGGAAGUGUUAUCUGCAGAUGCCUACAACUGUUGGUGGUAGAAGAAGGGGUUCCCUGCAAAUGUGGUCUUGACAAGCAGGACGUGGAGCAUCUCUCCAUAAAACAGGAACCUCAGGAUCUAUGGCCCAAUCAGGAUAAGUGAUGGAAGAUGGAAUGACGACAGGGCACAUAGGUCAGGUGUAAACAGUGACGUGGAGUGUAACACUGCCAGAAAAUCCCUCAUCUGCUCUGAAUGUGGUCAAGAGGUUCACCACCAACGAUCUCUCUAGAGACAUUUAACAAAGAAAGCUUUAUUUAUUUAAACCAUACAAGAUGUUUUAAAGUGACACAUGUAAAAACUGUUAAAUUUAAUGUUUAUGUCAACAUCAAAAAAUCUGUGGUAAAAUGACUGAAAAGACAAACUUAGACCAACACAUGAGAAACCACACAGGAGACAAACCAUUCAGCUGUGAUGAAUGUGGACAAAGAUUUAGUCGCAAGACAAACUUAAACCAACACAUGAGAAUCCACACAGGAGACAAACCAUUCAACUGUGAUGAGUGUGGACAAAGAUUUAGUCGCAAGACAAACUUAAACCAACACAUGAGAAUUCACACAGGAGACAAACCAUUUAGCUGUGAUGAAUGUGGACAAAGAUUUAGUCACAAGACAAACUUAGACCGACACAUGAUAAUCCACACAGGAGACAAACCAUUCAGCUGUGAUGAGUGUGGACAAAGAUUUAGUCACAAGUCAAGCUUAAACCAACACAUGAGAAUCCACACAGGAGACAAACAAUUCAGCUGUGAUGAAUGUGGACAAAGAUUUAGUCAACAGACACACUUAAACAGACACAUGAGAAUUCACACAGGAGACAAACCAUUCAGGUGUGAUGAAUGUGGACAAAGAUUUAGUCAAACGACAAGCUUAAACCGACACAUGAGAAUUCACACAGGAGACAAACCAUUCAGCUGUGAUGAAUGUGGACAAAGAUUUAGUCAAACGACAAGCUUAAACCAACACAUGAGAAUCCACACAGGAGACAAACAAUUCAGCUGUGAUGAAUGUGGACAAAGAUUUGUUGGAAAGGGGGACUUAAACAGACACAUGAGAAUCCACACAGGAGACAAACCAUUCAGCUGUGAUGAAUGUGGACAGAGAUUUAGUCACAGGUCAAACUUAAAUGAACACAUGAGAAUCCACACAGGAGACAAACCAUUCAGCUGUGAUGAGUGUGGACAAAGAUUUAGUCGCAAGACAAGCUUAAAUGAACACAUGAGAAUCCACACAGGAGACAAACCAUUCAACUGUGAUGAAUGUGGACAAAGAUUUAGUCAACAGACACACUUAAACAGACACAUGAGAAUCCACACAGGAGACAAACCAUUCAGCUGUGAUGAAUGUGGACAAAGAUUUAGUCAAAAGACAAGCUUAAACCAACACAUGAGAAUCCACACAGGAGACAAACCAUUCAGCUGUGAUGAAUGUGGACAAAGAUUUAGUCACAAGUCAAGCUUAGACCAACACAUGAGAAUCCACACAGGACAGAGACCGUUUCCUUGUGAGACAGGAGGCGGCAAAGAGAGGCUGCAGCCAGAGCAUCCCCCACCCCCCAACCUGUUCCACUUCUUCAAACCCAUAUCCUCAACUCCCACUCUCACCCCAUAUCCCCUGCUCCAGUGCAGGCCGCCCCACCCACUGAAAAGAGGACAGUUCCCCAGCACCAGGGCCCAGGCUUCACCACCCAGCCCACGCUGGGGCGGCCCAGCCACCCAGUGA